GCCUCUAUUCGGAGAUUUACGGUUCCCUCUGAAAGCUUCAUCAUCACCUUUACCAUCUUUAUUUUCUCUCAUGAAUUGGAACACAUUCACGAAUACUUUAUUUGAACGUUAUCGCAAAUCACGAGUUGUACGUGGGUUUAUCAAGAUCAAAUUGAUACAGUCAAUUAUCUAGGCUACUUGUCUUCUGGUAAUACUGUAUCAUGAAAGUACUUUGUAAGACGCCCCCUGUGCACAUGCGCAGACUAUGGCGGCUGUCAUUCGCCGGGGAAUCCAUGCGUUGAAGAAACACACUUUUGCUUUUGCUUGUGCUGAAUGCAGGAUUCCACGUGCAUGGUCCCUGGGUGAAAGAAGAACACGAAUCUCAAGACAUCUGUCAGGGUUCGUGUCCACCAUGCCGAAAAAGCUGCUGAUAGAUGUGGACUGUGGAGUGGAUGAUGCCCAGGCGAUUAUGAUUGCACUCGCCGCCAGGAAUGUACAGGUGCUCGGCAUCACAUGCGUGCAUGGAAACACAGUUGUGGAGAACGUCUGCAAGAAUGUCCUGCGCGUCCUAAAAGUGUGCGGGCGACAAGAGAUUCCAGUGUUCAAAGGUGCCAGCAAACCUAUUCUGGGUGUGCCUAUAGAUGCAGGCCACUUCCAUGGCCAGGAUGGGUUGGGGGACGCCCCUGACCCCAGUGCCCCGGGCUUGGACCAGCUACAGGGGGAGGGCGCUGUGCAGGCCCUGGUGCGGAUAGUCAAUGAACAUCCAGGCGAGGUGUCUUUGGUCGCCACAGCCCCACUCACAAACCUGGCCUUGGCAAUAAGGAUCGAUCCCACUAUAUCCCAGAAACUCAAAGGCCUGUACAUAAUGGGAGGAAACACAGAAUCACGGGGUAACACAACAGCCUGUGCAGAGUUCAACUUUGCUUGUGACCCGGAGGCCGCCUAUAUCGUGCUAAAUGAUUACCUUUGCCCCACUUACAUCGCCUCAUGGGAGUUCACCUGCCGUAGUAAACUCCCUUGGGAAUUCUGCACCGACUGGCUGGCACAGGACACAAAAAAGGCCAAGUUCAUGACACAGAUCUUCUCACACAGCAUCGAGGCGUGCAAGAGCGAGCGCAUCGACAAGGAGCUGGUGGACGGCCAGGGCUUCAUCCCCUGCGACGCCUACGCCUUGGCGGCCGCCAUCGACGACGCGUUCAUACUCGACAGCGACUGUGUGGCAGUCACGGUGGAGCUCUGCGGCACGCACACUCGCGGCAUGAUGGUGCUGGAUACGCUCGACACACUCAAGAAGACACACCAGGCCACCAUCAUGAAGAAGGUGGACCUGGAGAAGUUCAAGAAGAUGCUGAUGGACUCUUUGAAGUGACGUCAUUCUGUAGACGUGGAGAACUUAUCGUGCUACUGUAGAUGUGUAGAAUUUAUAGUGUGUUCAUUUUUAACGCACAAUUUGAAGGUGAAUGUUGAGACUUAUUAAUAAUAUGCACUUUCCGGCUCAAUAACGUCCAAGUUCUUCUUUUACAGGAAGUAUUUCAUUUCAUUUGAUAUACAUAAUUGUAUUACUUAAUAUAGUAUAAGACGGAUUGAUGGAUACCAGUAGGCUAUAAAUGGACAUUUGAUUGGUACAUGAUUAUAAAUCCUGGUUAAAAUUUAAAAAAGCUACAAAAAAAAAAUUAAUAGUGGUUGAGAGGUUGGAAGUUCAAAGAGAGAUAUUGAACUAACACAUUUUUUUACAGCCAUGAGGAUAACACUUCAUACAGAUUGGCUGUAUACUUUCUUCCCAUAUCACAACCGUUGUCAUUACUAUCUACUUGUGCCAUUGUAGACCAAGGCCUCUCACUACGCAUGUUUGUUGAUAACCCCACCUCUGGUCAGUUGUGGAAAUGUGGCUAGGUGGUCAUGUAGGGAUACUUGGAAACAGUAAUUUGACGGUUUAGCUUUUUUAAUUCUUCUUUGUAAUAAAAUGUCACUACAAUA